AUGGCAACGAUCGAGCAAUUCUCGCUUGGUCCUUUGACUGUUCGAGGCGCCACCAAACCCGAUCCACUUGUCGACAUUGAGUUCUCUGCACAAGCACAAAAGAUCUCGAUCGACGGGGCAGUUGACAUCUGGGAGGCGUCCGCCGCUCUUCACUUGAAUAUCGGUCUACUACCAAAGACAACAUUUGACUUUUUUGUCCAUCUCAAGCUAUCCGACCUCUUCUUGCUAAAGCUAGAAGCGCAGCUCAAGGGCACAAUCGACACCAAGAAUUACAAGACAUGGGCAAACGCCGACUUUGCCAUGUACGGACUUAUGGAGCAGCGUGUUAUUGACUAUGUCACGGCUCAGCUCGACCAACAGAUCUCAGCCGCUCAUGAAGCCGCCAAAGAGGGCUUUGAGAUGGUCAAACAGGACAUGGAAGCCAAGGAAGCCGUCUUCAAGGCUGGCUGCGAUGAUGCAAUCAAGAAACUUGAAAUCGCCAAGGCGGUCUGGCUCGCCAAAAAGGCUCAGGUUGAUAGUGACUUUGCAAAUGCCAGCGCGUCAGCUUCAGCAGAAAGAAAGCGCUUGCGAGCCAAGGUUGACGGGACAGAGCGCGACUUCAAGAAUCUCAUCAGGCAGAAGCAAAACGAACUGGAACAGGUUCGAGCCAAUGCAGAUAAUGUCAUACGCGUCGCUCAAGCUGCCGUCGACUUGAAGCAACGCGAACUGGACGAUGGUGUCCGUGUAGCCCAAGCCGGGGCAGAAGUCGACCAAGCCAAGAGAGAAAAAGAACGGUUCAAGGACGCUAUUUGGAGACUGGAGCGACAACGAGAUGCGGCAGAAUGGUUGGACAAGUGGGAGUACAGAGGCCAGAUUGCGACCGCAGAAGGACUCCUUUUUACGGCUGAUCAAGGUCUGAAAUUAUACGAGAAGUAUCUGGAAGAAGAAAAGGGGGCUCGACUUGCUUCCGAGUACGUGCAGAGUGAAGGCGCGGUCCGGGCAGCUGAAUUGGCAUCACAGACGGCGCAGCAAGUUCUUACGCCGGGACUGAACCUUGCAAAGCAGUCGUUCAUUGAGGUGAACAACACGCAGCAGGCCUUAAUCCAGGGAGCUAUCGAGGGGCUCACAUUUGCAGAGACUGCGAGUGACGAGCUGAAAUUGUUUGAGUUAGCCAAGCGUGGUCUUGCUGAGGGCAAGAGAGUAACACAGGCACUUCUCGACGCAGCACAGAAGGCCGUCGAUGAGCUAUCGGAUUGUGUUGAGUUCAUCGGCUUUGAGACAGCAAAGAAGGGAGUCGAAUUUGCCAAGGAAAACACAAAAGAACUAAACCUGGCCCGACACGCUGUUGAGUUAGCCGAGGAUGCUGUCGAACUAGAGCUAGAUCUGGCCAAAUGGGCAACCGAUCACGCCAAGACCACGUUCAACAUUCGAAAGGUUGAGUUUUCGGGCUCGGUGAGAAGCCUAGUUCAUCCCGACGAAGGUGGACCACCUCUGAGGGUCAAGAUUGAGGGGACGAUUUUAGGAGAGGAGAUUAAUUGGGAGAUUGUGUGGAAGCCCAAGUUUGAUCUGGUCAAGUUUAUCAAGGAACUGUUUACACUGCUGUGGGAGAGUAUCAAGGAGUUGGCCAAGGAGGUCGUUUAG